UUGACGACGUCAACAGCUCUACAGUCGCCGCAAAAAUGGCGGACGCAGCGGCACGACAACUCCAAUACGAAUACAAAGCCAAUUCUAAUCUUGUGCUUCAAGCUGAUGUGCGAUUGAUAGAACGUCGAAGUCGAGAUGAAGCCACCGGUGAGGUCAUGUCCCUUGUGGGCAAAUUGGAUGGGACGAGGAUGGGUGACAGAGCCCAGAGAACAAAACCUGGAAAAGCUGAAGAGCGUAAAGUCAAGCGUCAAAAACGUGACGAAGCGCAGUACGAUUUCACCCGGAUGAAAGGAGCUACCCUCCUCUCAGAAGGUGUAGACGAGAUGGUGGGAAUAGUCUACCGCCCAAAGACCCAAGAAACCCGUCAAACCUACGAAGUCCUCCUGAGCUUCAUCCAAGAGGCCCUCGGCGAUCAGCCCCGCGACAUUCUUUGCGGUGCAGCCGACGAGGUCCUAGGAGCCCUCAAAAGCGACCGUCAGGAUAAAGACAAGAAGAAAGAAACAGAACUUCUCCUGGGGCCCCUCGCAGACGAGCGAUUCGCUUUACUAGUGAACCUUGGCAAGAAGAUCACAGACUUCGGUAACGAAGAGAAGAACCCAACAAGCGAGGAGAAUAUCGACGAGACCUACGGCAUAAACGUUCAGUUCGAAGAGAGCAGUGAGGAGGACGACGAGGACGUUUACGGAGAGGUCAGGGAGAACGACGACGAUGGGGACGAGGGUGAAGAGGCCAACGACGAUCGUCUGAUUCACGCUGAGAACCUCGGAGGGACAGAAGAAGCCAAGAAGGAGAAAACCCUGCACCCCUUGGACAUCGACGCCUACUGGCUCCAGCGAAGACUUAGCAGAAUCUACAAGGACGCUGUGGAGUCCCAGGCUCGAGCUGCUCAGGUCCUCAAUGUCCUGAAGGACGCCCCAAGUGAUCGUCAAUGCGAAAACGACCUCGUUGGUCUCCUGGGCUACGACUGCUUCGAUUUCAUCAAGCAACUGAUGAAACAACGCCACAUGAUCGCGUACUGCACAAUGCUAGCCUCAUCUCAAUCGGAAUCAGACCGUCAGAAGAUACGUGACAGCAUGAAGGAUGAUCCUGCAUUAGCUAAAAUUCUUCGACAAUUAGACACUGGUAAAAAUGAUGAUGAUGGGAACGAAACAAUGGAAGCAAGAGCACAGAGAAAAAGGAGAGAGGAGAAGGAAGACACAGGAGGUCCUGGAGGUCAAGUUCAAGGGACCAGGAACAUCGUAGACUUGGAGGACCUUGUUUUCACACAGGGCAGCCACUUCAUUGCCAACAAAAGGUGUAAGUUGCCCGAUAGGAGCUUCAGAAAACAGAGGAAGGGGUAUGAAGAGGUGCAUGUGCCAGCCCUGAAGCCCAAGCCAUUUGGAGAAAAUGAGAAACUCCAUCCCAUCGAUCAUCUCCCAAAAUACGUUCAGCCUGCUUUCGAGGGUUUCAAGACCCUGAAUAGAAUACAAAGCAGACUUCAUAAUACAGCUCUGAAUAGUGAUGAGAAUCUGUUGUUGUGUGCCCCAACAGGUGCAGGAAAAACUAAUGUUGCUUUGUUGACCAUGAUGAGGGAGAUUGGAAAACACAUAAAUGACGAUGGCACCAUCAAUGCUGAGGAAUUCAAGAUAAUCUACAUAGCUCCAAUGCGUUCACUCGUACAAGAGAUGACUGGUAAUUUUGGGAAACGUCUUUCCAGCUACAACAUAACAGUCUCAGAAUUGACUGGAGAUCACCAACUGACGAGGGAGCAGAUAGCUGCCAGUCAGGUGAUUGUUUGCACCCCUGAGAAAUGGGAUGUCAUCACGAGGAAGGGUGGGGACAAGACGUUUACGUCUUUAGUGAGGUUAAUCAUCAUUGAUGAAAUCCAUUUGCUUCAUGACGAACGAGGACCUGUCCUGGAGGCUCUUGUGGCUAGAACUAUCAGGAACAUUGAGACGACUCAAGAGGAUGUUCGUCUGGUUGGUCUGUCUGCUACUCUUCCUAACUACGAAGACGUAGCUGCUUUUCUGAGAAUAAAACCUGAAACUGGAUUGUUCUACUUUGACAACAGCUUCAGACCAGUAGCUCUGGAGCAACAGUACAUCGGUGUCACUGAGAAGAAGGCUAUUAAACGUUUUCAGGUGAUGAAUGAGAUUGUUUACGAGAAGACAAUGCUUCAUGCAGGUAAGAACCAAGUCUUGAUCUUUGUGCAUUCGAGAAAAGAAACUGGGAAGACAGCUAGGGCUAUCAGAGACAUGUGUCUGGAGAAAGACACCUUGGGGGCGUUCUUAAGAGAAGGGUCAGCAUCGAUGGAAGUCCUCAGGACUGAAGCUGAACAGGUGAAGAAUCAAGAGUUGAAGGAUUUAUUGCCAUAUGGAUUUGCCAUUCAUCACGCCGGUAUGACAAGAGUCGACAGGACUCUAGUGGAAGAUUUGUUUGCUGACAGACACAUUCAGGUUCUUGUGUCCACUGCAACUCUUGCUUGGGGUGUCAACUUACCAGCUCACACUGUCAUCAUCAAGGGAACACAAAUUUAUAAUCCUGAGAAGGGACGAUGGGUGGAGCUUGGAGCUCUAGAUGUCCUCCAGAUGCUGGGGCGUGCUGGUAGACCUCAGUAUGACACCAAAGGCGAGGGAAUACUGAUAACAAAUCAUAGUGAACUACAGUAUUACCUUUCACUGCUGAACCAACAACUGCCCAUUGAGUCACAGAUGAUUGGGAAGAUGGCUGACAUGUUGAAUGCUGAGAUUGUCCUAGGGACAAUUCAGAACAUCAGAGAUGCUGUCAUUUGGUUGGGAUACACUUACCUCUUCAUAAGAAUGCUGAGGGGUCCUAAUUUGUAUGGGAUCAGUGGAGACAAGCUUAAAGAGGAUCCACUGCUGGAGCUCCAUCGAGCUGAUCUCAUACAUUCUGCUGCUAUUCAGCUUGAUCGAAGUGGCUUGAUCAAAUACGACAGGAAAUCCGGAAAUUUCCAGUCAACUGAACUAGGAAGAAUCGCUUCGCAUUACUACUGCACCCACGAGACCAUGUCCACGUACAAUCUGUUGUUAAAGAGAACAUUGAGUGAGAUUGAAUUGUUCAGAGUGUUCUCGCUCUCUGGGGAGUUUAAGAACAUCAAUGUGCGCGAGGAGGAGAAGUUGGAGCUGCAGAAACUGAUGGAAAGGGUUCCAAUUCCCAUAAAAGAGAGCAUUGAAGAACCUAGUGCCAAAGUGAACGUUCUUCUUCAGGCUUACAUCUCACAAUUGAAGCUCGAGGGCUUUGCAUUGAUGUCUGACAUGGUUUUUGUGACUCAGUCAGCAUCUAGGCUGAUGAGAGCUAUCUUCGAGAUUGUUUUGUUCAGAGGGUGGGCACAAUUGGCUGACAAGUGUUUGUCAUUAUGCAAAAUGAUUGAUAGAAGGAUGUGGCAGUCUAUGACACCUCUUCGUCAAUUCAGAAAAAUGCCUGAGGAGGUUGUCAAGAGGAUCGAGAAGAAGAACUUCCCUUGGGAGAGACUCUAUGAUCUCGGGCCGAAUGAGAUUGGCGAGCUUAUUCGAAUGCCGAAACUUGGAAAAACUAUUCACAAGUACAUUCAUCAGUUCCCUAAAUUGGAUUUGUCCACUCAUAUUCAACCCAUCACCAGAUCAACAUUGAGAGUGGAACUAACAAUAACCCCGGACUUCCAGUGGGAUGACAAGGUCCAUGGAGCCUCAGAAGCAUUCUGGAUCCUUGUGGAAGACGUCGACUCAGAAGUCAUCCUCCAUCACGAGUUUUUCUUGCUGAAAGCUAAAUAUGCGAGUGAUGAACACUUGAUAAAGUUCUUUGUCCCAGUAUUCGAGCCUCUUCCACCUCAUUAUUUUCUGAGGAUCGUGUCAGACAGGUGGAUUGGGUCAGAGACACAGUUGCCUGUGAGCUUCAGGCAUCUGAUUCUCCCCGAGAAGAACCUUCCACCAACUGAAUUGCUGGAUCUCCAACCUCUCCCCAUCACAGCUCUCAGGAACCCCAAGUUCGAAAGCCUGUACUCUGAUAAAUUUCCACAGUUCAACCCCAUCCAAACUCAAGUAUUCAACGCAGUCUACAAUUCAGACGACAAUGUCUUCGUGGGUGCACCCACAGGUUCUGGCAAGACGAUAAUAGCAGAGUUCGCUGUUCUGAGAUUACUCUCCCAGAAACCAGACGGCAGAUGUGUCUACAUGGUGAGCAAGCAGGCCCUUGCAGAGCUAGUUUAUACGGAUUGGUUGGUCAAAUUCAAUCAUCGCCUGGGCCACAAGAUAGUCUUGCUGACAGGUGAGACUGGAACUGAUCUGAAGCUCAUCGCAAAGGCUCAGAUAAUUGUGACAACUGCUGACAAGUGGGAUGUGCUUUCGCGAAGAUGGAAACAACGUAAGAACGUCCAGAACGUUCAACUUUUCAUCGUCGACGAGCUGCAGUUGAUUGGAGGGGAGGAGGGACCAGUCCUCGAAGUGGCAUGUUCACGAGCAAGAUACAUUGCCCUCCAACUCGAAAGACCAACAAGAAUAGUUGCACUGUCAGCUCCACUGGCUGACGCCAAGGACGCAGCAGCUUGGCUGGAUGCUCAGGCAGCAGCAACCUUUAACUUCCAUCCAUCAGUCAGACCAAUCCCCCUUGAACUCCACGUCCAGGGGAUCAACAUCACUCACAACGCCUCUCGACUUGCUGCAAUGGCCAAGCCAGUCUACAACGCCAUCCUUCGUCAUGCUCCCCAUAAACCCGUCAUCAUAUUUGUCCCGACAAGAAGACAAGCGAGGCUAACAGCCUUUGAUUUGUUAACAUUUGCAGCUGCUGAAGGACAGAAGACAAAGUUCUUCCAUGCUGAAGAGGCUGAUAUCAAACCCUUCCUCGAUAGGAUGUCUGAUAAAACGUUAAAGGAGACUCUCUCCCAAGGAGUUGCGUAUCUGCACGAAGGACUGUCCAGUGACGAUCGUCACUUGGUGGAGCAGUUGUUCGAGAGCGGGGCUAUUCAGGUAGCUGUUGCCACUCGAGACCUCUGCUGGGGGUUAUCCAUCAGUUCACAUCUGGUGGUGAUUAUGGACACUCAGUGUUACAAUGGUAAAACUCAUGCUUAUGAGGACUAUCCCAUCACGGAUGUCCUCCAGAUGGUGGGACGAGCCAAUCGACCACUUGAAGACGACGACGCUAAAUGUGUUCUUCUCUGUCAAAGCUCGAAGAAAGACUUCUUCAAGAAGUUCCUGAAUGAACCGUUGCCGGUGGAGUCUCAUCUGGAUCACAGGCUACAUGAUCACUUCAAUGCUGAGAUCGUCACGAAGACAAUCGAGAAUAAACAGGACGCAGUGGACUACCUCACCUGGACAUUCCUGUAUCGAAGAUUGACGCAGAAUCCUAACUAUUAUGGCCUGCAGGGGGUGACCCACAGACAUCUGUCUGAUCAUUUAUCAGAGCUCGUGGAGAAUACUCUUGGCGACCUGGAACAGGCCAAGUGUGUGGCCAUUGAGGAUGACAUGGAUACUUUGCCACUGAACUUGGGAAUGAUCGCUGCUUAUUACUACAUCAACUAUGCAACUAUCGAGCUGUUCAGUCUGUCCUUGAACAAUAAAACGAAGAUUCGUGGGCUGUUGGAGAUUAUCGCAGCAGCUGCUGAGUAUGAGAACGUUCCCGUAAGGCAGAGAGAGGAGAAUCUCCUGAGGAGUUUGGCUCAGAGACUGCCGCAUGCACCACAGGCUCAGAGAAUGGCCGAUCCCCAUGUCAAGGCACAAUUGUUGCUUCAGGCUCAUUUGUCCAGGAUUCAACUUGGUCCAGAGCUACAGAAAGACACGGAAUUGGUGCUGAGUAAGGCUAUCAGGCUGAUUCAGGCCUGUGUUGAUGUUCUCAGUUCUUCAGGAUGGUUGACGCCUGCUGUUGCUGCCAUGGAGCUCGCCCAGAUGAUGACUCAAGCCAUGUGGUCUAAGGAUUCCUACCUCAAGCAGUUGCCUCACUUUACUGCUGAGACCAUCAAGAGGUGCACUGAUAAGGGUGUGGAGAAUGUUUUCGAUGUUAUGGAGCUUGAGGAUGAGGACCGGAAUAGGCUUCUGCAACUGACUGAUGUGCAGAUGGCGGAUGUUGCUAAAUUCUGCAAUCGAUAUCCGAAUAUUGAGAUGUCUUAUGAGGUGCAGGAUAAGGAUAGAGUUUACAGCGGGAGAACUGUCAAUGUUAUUGUUCAAUUGGAACGUGAGGACGAUGUCACUGGACCCGUUGUGGCCCCAUUCUUCCCACAGCGACGUGAGGAGGGCUGGUGGGUGGUCAUUGGGGAUCCCAAGACGAAUUCAUUGCUGUCAAUUAAACGACUCACACUACAACAGACUGCAACGGUGAAACUCGAUUUUGUUGCACCUGCCCCCGGACAGCAUGGGUACACUUUGUAUUUUAUGAGUGAUGCGUACCUUGGGUGCGAUCAGGAGUACAAGUUUAAUAUUAAUGUAGGAGAGUAUGAGUCGGAAGGAAGCUCAGCCUCCGACUCUGAGUAAGGUGUUUUUUUUAUUGAAAGGAGGAAUUCUUAAGAUGGCUUUUCGCGUCGAUUGGGAGAAUUUUAGGCUUAUGAUUAAUCAAAUGUUUCUUACCGUCGAAUUGUGUACAGAUAUCGUGGAGGAAAUGUAAUUAUUAUUAAGAAUGAGAAUAAACAGAUUCCACAAAACAA